AAUUAUCUAUUUUGAUUUUAAAAAUUUAAUAUCUUGUAAUGGGGGUAAAAUAGUAAAAAAUGUUGUUCCAUUGUUAAAACAGAGUACUAUAAAAACCUCUAUAAAUAAAUAACAUAUAAUUCAUAGAGACAAAAUCACAAUCUAACAGAAUAUUAUAAUUGUAGAACUGAGACUGAGAGUUGAAAAAGAAGAUAAACAACAAUGACAAUGGAUCAAACAUUCCAACACCGAACAAGAAAAGAGAAGAAAAACCAGAUUAUGAAAUACCACAAAGAAGAGAAAGAUGAUGAUGAUCUUGACAAUGAAAGUGAUUAUGAAAAUCUCCCAGAACAUGUUUUGUACAAAACUUUCACCAAUUUGCAAUUUGAUCUUGAAGAAGUGAGGUUAGUUUGUAAAAGGUGGUUUAAUUUGAUAUCUUGUACCAAUUUCAUCAAUCAAAAUUUCCUUCAAUCAAAACCUUCAUUGUUGAUCCAAAGUACAUCUGGGGUUAGAAAGAAAUUCAAGUCAAAACUGCUAGAGCUAGCUGAUGAUGAUGAUGAUGGUCAUCUUGAUGAAGGGCUGAGAUUUAAUGUGACAAAAUUUGGUAUGACUAGAAUGGGAAAAUUUAGGUCAAGUUGUAAUGGUUUGAUCUUACUUGAACACACAAAGAGAUUUGGGUAUUAUAGGACAACAUGUGCUCAUCAUGGUGGUUAUGUCUAUAGAGAACGUCCAAGAAUAUAUGGUAUGAUUGUGACUAAUGUGAUGACCAAGACUCAUAUUAGUCUCCCAAUUUGCCCAUCUAAAUGUACACAUUUAAGAUGUUGGCAGGAUCCUCCUCUAAGGUGUAAGCACAAAAAUCUGAACCAAAAGUUUUUUCUACUCUAG